ACCGCAAUAAAGCUAAUUUCACAAUUUAGUAUCGCCGGCGAGUUGUACGUGAAAUGGAGCAACAAAUACGCGCUUGGCUACGCUACUCCAUAGUUUUGGGACUCUAUGUGAGUCCAACAGAAGCUACGCCGUACAUCCACAACUCAAACCACUGCCCAGCCAACACAUCAGCGCUGCGUGGCGAACGUCAAAUGUGGCUUAAGCAGCGGCAAGCAUUUCAACGCGAACGUUUGAAAAGAAUUUAUCUACGCCUACUGAUGCCGCUGCUCUGCGUACUAUACGUGAAUGGCCUUUUGCGUAGGAAACCCGUACCGGGCACAAUGCUCAGCUGGACGGUUGCAACAAUUUUCUUUAGCUCACAAGCGCUCUCGAAUUUCCUGCUGGCCGGUGAAGCGUUGUGGCGGCAGCAGGAGCACGAGACCUUGCUACGACUGCUGCACGAGAUUGAGUUGUCAUUGAAGUUGCGCUUGAGACAGGAUGUGCGACUGGAUUGGCUGUUGCCACGUGUGCGUUGGCUACUUAGAUAUCUUUUAUGGACUUCGGUGUUAUUUUUUGUGCUUUUCGUAUAUAAUUUUGUGGAACUACAAUAUAUUGGCUAUUUCUGGUAUUCCAUAUGGUUUGCCAUAGCGAUGCGUUUGCGUUUAAUACAACUGCUGAUAUAUGUGCGUGUGUUGCAGCAUUAUUUGGAAUGCCUCAGCAUGAAGUUGAGUCAGUUAGUUGCCUACCGUGUGGCACCAAGUCGUCAGCUGAUGGAUGUGAAUUAUGCAAGACUGCAAUCACUCGAGUAUCUCGUGGCGAUCAAAGAGAUUUAUGACCUACUCUUCAAGGCGUUUCAACAGCUCAACGAUUUUGCCGGUUGGUCUUUGUUCAGCAUUAUUUUGUGUUAUAUGCUGGACUAUGGUUGUACGCUCUAUUGGUCGCUGCUCAGCUGGGAAGGCUAUUUGGAGCGGCGUAAUUAUUACAUCGCCUGCUUUUGGUGGCUGCUACCCAUGUCGCUGAUCACUUGGCAUAUUUGUCAUUUGUGCCACAGCUGUAGACAGCUUGAUCGCGUAAUUGCUAGUAUGCUAUGUCGUAUGAUUAUUAAGCGCUCUUCAAAGUCUUUGCGUUCUUAUCGCAUUUUACUACAACAAUUCUCCACGCAAUUACAACUGCAACAAAUCGAGGUAUCAGCAAAGCGUUUCUUUACUUUGGAUAUGCGUUUAAUUAUGUCGAUUUGCACAGCCAUAGCAACAUAUUUGGUCAUCAUCAUACAAUUCCUACGCAUUUAGAGUAAAAGUUUCUUUUUUGUCAAUUUCG